AUGAGGGCAAAAGACGCGGCCCGGCUCUCGGUUUUGAGGACCAUCCUGUCCGCAACAAACAAUGCCGCCAAGACGUCCUCCCCGAUCAAGACCGACGUCCAGCUCGUGCAGCUGCUGAGGAAGACAGCCCGUGGCAAUCACGAAGCCGCCGAGGAGGCUCGGGCUGCCGGAAGGGAGGACCUUAUCGCAAAAGAAGAGGCUCAAGUCAAGAUCAUUGACGAGUAUAUCGCGGACAGCGGGGUGCAGACCCUGGGCAAGGACGAGAUAAGGGCCAUCGUGGAGAAGGUCAUCUCCCAAAUCAAGAACGAGGGCGUGGACGAGAAGAGAAUCUCCGGCGAGCUCUUCAAGCGACUGAUGGUCAAGGAUGGCCCCCUUGAAGGCAAAGAAGUCGACCGAACCGAGAUUGCGCAAAUCGCCAAGGAGUUGACCAAGUAA